GGUUGCCCCUGGUGAUUGUUUACUUUUAGCUCGAUCUCACUAUCAACCCCAAAGAUCCAAGUUAUCCACACUGCUGCUCUUGUUGCAUCUAGCACCAAAGCUACUCCAUUCUCACAUCUAUCCAUCCAUACAUACAUACAGGACAAGAUCAAUCAGAGCUUGUACAUCAAUUGCAUCUAUCUCAUCUCUAGGGAGAGCUCAAACACAGACAAAAAAGAGCACUUCCACAAACCAGUAUCAUUGCCUUACAGGCAUAACCACAUUUGAACUUAUAUCGCAAAGUCGACCUCGACUGAGAACGACAACAACGUUCCACUAGCCCGGCGCUCUGUGCUUGCGCUGCGUGAGUUUCGGACCUAUAGGUUCCCAUCGACAAUAUCGACCGACGACAAUUCCCUUCCGGACUCCCCUUGCGACAUUAUGCUGUCCAAUCCAACAGGACUUCACGCCCGGCAAAAGCAGCACCGGCGUCAAAACUCGACACCAUCUGCUUUUGAGGGCGCCAAGAUCCCUAAUCUGCCAACUACACAACGACAAACCGCACACCGACGCGGCCUCAGCCUGGAUGUUCGACGACAACAGAACCAGAACAUCAACUCAGCAGCAACAAGGCAGAACUACAUGGUAAGUACGAAUACUAACAACACAGGAUUAGCCAAUAUUUCUACGCGGCAAGUUCUGCGAGAAGCGCAGCAGCAACGCAUUCAAGCACGCCCGGGCACACAGAACCCUUACGCCAACCUGGCCCCAAGUGGAAGUGAGAACUAUCUCAUGUCCCCUCAUGGAACUCCUCAGACACAACGAUUCGACCCGUCCUGCUUUGACCCCAACUCACUCCCCUUUGACCCUUACACUACUGAUCUUAACGUGAUGAUGGGCAAGGGCCAACAGGCUGCAUACGGUGACAAUAUGUCGGGAGGUAAGGAAUUUGAUAUCUUUAACAAUGACAGUGCACUUUCUACUCCAACGUUCAUCAACUUUCCUUCUGAGGGUUCCUCCGCUCAGGGUUGGUCCUCUGAAGGUGACACCUCCAGUACAAGGAGAACCUCAAGAAGGAUAAGUGGUGGCAUUAUGGACCGCGUUAACAAGUUUGAGACCUUGGACUCAACGACAAGACCCGCUACGCCUCCUAACCAGAACCAGAACCAGAACACACAAAGUCAGUCGCUCAGCUGGACAAUGACAAUGCCUGAGACGGCUAACCUUGAGCAAGGUUACUUCCCCCCUACGCCAAUUGAGACUCCCCAAGACCGAUUGGUCAAGGAUGAGGGCAUGUCAAGUCGGUUCGCUGAUGGCUAUGAUGAGUCUUUGGAAGAGACGAUCAAGCCCGUGAGGAACCGUGGAGGUAACCGAAGGGCCCAGACCAUCUUCCAAGACAUCAGACAACAUUCUGAGCAAGUGAUGUCUAGCCCUGCUCGGUCAAAUACUCUUCCUGAGUCAUCCUUCAAUGGACUGCCAAUGUCGACACCUGACUACAUGAGCAUGAACAGCUUCAACAGCGAGUUCAUGAAGAUCGAGAGCGACUUUGGCCGGGAUGACAUCCACGGUCUCAACCAUCAACUACCACAACAAGCCACUCCCAACACUCCUCAAAUGACACAGUACAUGGGCUCCUUUGAUAACAAGCCUGAACUCCAAUCCUAUGCCAUGGGUCCUCAAUCUGUCUCUGGAACUCCCUCUCAGACACCUUCUCGUCGUCACUCUCCCCACCGCCGCACCGAGUCAGUUGCUAGCAUCGCAAGUGCUGCCAGCAUCGCCAGCAUCAACAUCGAGGAGACCAAGACAGAGACCGGAGUCACUCAGGAUGAGAUCGCCCAGUUCAUCAGUGGCCCAGACGCCAGCGACGGCAAGUGGACAUGUACAUAUGAAGAUUGUGGCAAGAAGUUCGGCCGCAAGGAGAACAUCAAGUCACAUGUUCAGACGCAUCUCAAUGACCGACAAUACCAGUGUCCCACUUGCAAGAAGUGCUUUGUUCGACAGCACGAUCUCAAGCGACACGCCAAGAUCCAUACUGGAAUCAAGCCCUACCCUUGCGAAUGUGGCAACAGCUUUGCUCGCCACGAUGCUCUUACUCGACACCGCCAACGAGGCAUGUGCAUCGGUGCAUUUGACAACGUCGUGCGCAAGGUUGUCAAGCGAGGCAGACCGCCCAAGAAGAGUCGCCCUGAUAUCGAGACUCGCAUGGAGAAGUCGGCACGAACCCGCAAGAAGAACAUGUCUGUCAGCUCAAUGUCAUCAUUCUCUGCUUGUUCUGACAGCUCAGCUGUCAACUCACCAGAACAGUUUAUGCUUGAUGAAAUGAUGGACAUUGGAAUGAGUUCGCAGAACCAGGCCCUCGCGGCCGUCUCUUCAGCACCCAUGACUGGCAUCACAGCCGCCGCUCUUCAGGAGUAUGCCUCCUCCCCCUCCACUGGCAGUGUACACUCAUAUAUCUCGCCGGAGGCCAUCAUGGAGGGCACUCCUAUGCACGCUGCAUCUCCUUCCAAGAGCAUCGCAAGCCAGUACAACACACCACCUGAGCUCUCGCAAUCAUCCUCUCCCCCAGCCACUCACUUCUUCGACGUCGAUCCCAACACCUCAAUCAACAACGACGAUCUGACCAUCAUUCCCGGAACAACAACUUUCGUCACCUCGGCAACCAUGGCUGCUUCUCUUCCCCUUGGCCUAAGCAAUGCAGACGAUGAAAUGCUGUAUCAAUUUGCCAACGACGACGAUCUUAUUCAACUGGAUCGCGACUCCAACAUGCUCAUGAGCAAGUUUGACGAUGAUUUUGACAACGUCGGCAUGUUCACCAACAACAAUGACGACGUCUUCUUUGGCAGCAACUAGUUUGCGCCCAGCAUUGUUUGUUUGUUUUGUCUUUGUCUUGCGCAAGCCAUGGAACAGUACUUAAUCAGCCAUGCACUUUUUUGUUUGGGUUACACCAAUUGAGAUCAAUCGUUUCCAGAAGAAGCGACACAUUUUCUCACGACGCUCACGCUUCUACGUAAUGCACGCUCGCGGUCAUGUACACUAGGGAUAGGGGAGGAGAAAGUAAAAACGGGCUUGGGUAUUUCAACGGGGUUUUCAUCACCAUCAACAAUGGACUACUAGGGCAGGAACUGGCGAACCGGAAUGGGAUUCUUAUGAUCUUUUAGGGGGAAAUUGAUAGAAAGCAAAGGUCUCAACACGGUAGGGUGUCGAACACCCCUUUGGGCUGCUUGGAGUUUUGAGGUUGAGGCUUUUGCUUUUUGGGAGGGAUAUAUGGACUUCACCAAUGGAAUAUUCAUUGACGAUUAACCUCUGUGCUUUGAUUAAACGUGAUAAUGGUCUAGUUUGAAUCGAUGUUUGCAAGUUGAUUGAUGGUGAAUACUGACUGGUGUGAGAGUUUCAACAUUCCUUGACCACCA